UUUUAAAAUUACCAGUAAUUUACCAAUCAAUUGUUUAAGUGAAAACUGCGGCUGGGAUUCUGCAGACACUAAAAUUCUUAGCCCUAGUUAGUGAUAACAGUAAUAGUUAUCAAUUAAAAUUCUUAUGAUGUAAUAUUUUGUCCUUGGUCGUUGAGCAGUUCAAAUUUAACUCUGUUCAAUCAUAGCGACAGCGGUGAAUAGAUCAUGGUUGUUAAAUAUUUUAAUUGUAUUGGUAUUGUAUUAUGGAAUUGGACUUAAUUUAAACUUAAUUCCCUGAAAGUAAAAAUUAUUAAAAAAUCAAAAUCUUCAUCAAUAUUCAGCAAUUCAUUUUCCAAGAAAUAUGAACAUCAUGACUCAUAAUUGAUCAAUUUGAAGUUGUCAAAUAAAAGAAGUUUAAUUUCAUCGUAGCAGACAAAAUGAAAUACUUAGUAUCACUAUUGUUGUGGUUAAUAACUAUAUUAAAAUGCACAUACCAAACAAAUUUCAGUAUUGCUAUUAUCGGUAGUGGUAUUGGUGGAACAUCUUGUGCAUAUUUCUUAAAAGAAAUAUUUAAUGAUUUUGUGGAAGUAGAUAUUUAUGAAGGUAAUAAAAUAGGUGGAAGACUAGCUACAGUAACUAUGAAUGAUGGCUAUGAAUAUGAGACAGGAGGAGCAGUCCUACACAUAAGGAACAAAUAUAUGUCUGAUUUUGUAAGCGAUUUUGGUCUUAAAAAACGUAUGGAACUUUUUAAUAAUCAACUACUUGGUAUACACAAUGGAAUAAACUUUGAUUUUGUAGAAAAUUCUAGCGAAAUGAUAAAUGUCAUUAAAAUGUUAUGGCAGUAUGGUUACAAAGUUAAACAUUUACAAAAUUUUGUUGACAAUAUGCUCGAAAAGUUUGAAAAAAUUUAUCAAUUACAAUCAAAUGGUAAAAGUUUUGAUACAGUAAAUGACUUGCUAUCAGCAAUGGAUCCAUCAUUUGUUCAUUACCUUAAUGUAUCUGUGAAAGAAGCAUUUUUAAAAACUGAAAGUUUACCUGAGACACUCAUCCAAGACAUUGUACAAGCUUCCCUUAGAGUAAACUAUGGACAAAAUACUGGUGUUCAUGAAUUUGUCGGAUCAGUUUCAAUGGCUGGAAUGGAUGGAUCAUUGUGGGCAGUAAAAGGUGGUAAUAAAAGAGUUGCUGAAAAACUUUUAGAAAAGUCCAAAGCAAGAUUAAUACAUGAAAAUGUUACUGAAAUAAUAAACAACAACAAUUCAUAUACUUUGUUGACAAAUACUGAAAAAAAUGCUACCUAUGAUUAUGUUGUAUUUGCUGCACCUCUCUCUCAAAAUCAGAAAAUACCAAUCAAUUUUACUAAUUUGCCUGUUAAGUUGAACAUAGUAGGAAGAUAUCACCAGACUGUAAGCACAUUGAUUGCUGGCGAGUUAAAAAGAGAACGAUUUUCACCUCUUUCCGAUAAUAGUGCAUCAUUUACAGUUAUAUCAACAAAUGAAAGUGAUUUUUAUAAUUCAAUCAGUAAUGUUGAAGGAGUCGAUGAAACUGGAAAAUCAAAUGUUUGGAAAAUAUUUUCUCAGCAACCACUUUCUAACAAUCAAAUUGAUGAGUUAUUUUUUAGCACUAAAGAAGUUAAAGUUGUGAAUUGGUUAGCAUAUCCUCAUUAUGAAGUCCCAACUAAACCACGAAGUUUUCAUAUUGCAAAUCGACUUUACCACAUUAAUGCUAUAGAAUGGGCAGCAAGUGCUAUGGAAAUGAGUUGUAUUGGCGCCAAAAAUGUUGCACUUUUAAUUAAGAAACACUUACAAAAUAAUACACAAAAUGAAACAAGCCAAUGGUCUCAUAAGGAACUAUAAUGAAUUAAAAAAAGUAAAUAUAAUGUCAACAACAAAAAUUAUGUAUUUAAAUAAGACAUAGAUGUUAAAUG